AAGUCAGCUGAUCAAUCACAUUUUCUGUCUGCGUUUGUCACAAACAGUAAAAAAAAAAAAUAUGUCAGGAAAAGAUAGACUCCCUAUUUUCCCUUCUCGGGGAGCCCAAAUGUUAAUGAAAUCACGUUUACAAGGGGCACAAAAGGGUCAUGGUUUACUUAAAAAGAAAGCAGAUGCACUGCAAAUGCGAUUUAGAAUGAUUUUAGGAAAAAUCAUUGAAACAAAAACAUUAAUGGGUGAAGUAAUGAAAGAAGCAGCUUUCUCAUUGGCCGAAGCGAAAUUCGCAACGGGCGAUUUUAAUCAGGUUGUUUUACAAAAUGUGACAAAAGCACAAAUUAAAAUUCGUUCCAAGAAAGAUAAUGUAGCUGGUGUAAAUUUACCAGUAUUUGAAUCAUAUCAAGAUGGAACUGACACUUAUGAAUUAGCUGGUUUAGCUCGAGGUGGACAACAACUCGCAAAAUUGAAGAAAAACUAUCAACGUGCAGUGAAGCUAUUGGUUGAAUUGGCUUCACUUCAAACAAGUUUUGUCACACUCGAUGAAGUAAUUAAAAUUACAAAUCGUCGUGUCAACGCCAUUGAACAUGUUAUCAUUCCAAGAAUCGAACGAACGCUUGCCUAUAUUAUUUCCGAACUUGAUGAACUCGAAAGAGAAGAAUUCUAUCGAUUAAAGAAAAUUCAGGAUAAGAAGAAAAUAGCGAAAGCAAAGACCGAAGCUCGAAGAAAGGAGAUGAUAGCCGCAGGAAAUCAUUCAGAGGCAGCCAAUAUGCUAGAAGAGGGUGACGAAGAUAUUCUCUUUUAAGCACCGUAAUUAUUUAAUUAAUUAUAUACGCAUAUAUAAUAUAUUUUUUUGGCAUGAUCGGCAAAAAAAAAUAAUAAUAAACUUACGAAACGUACGAAACAAAAAAAAACUAAGUAUCGCACCUUUCGUAAUAAUUAAUAAAAAAAAAAAAUAUAUAAGUCGUACAAUUCACGAUCCGAUUCGUU